AUGGGUCAUCUUAAAAGAAAUACUGAAGAUGAUGCAUCAAAUAGUGAUAAUAAUGCAUCAAAUAAUAAUGAAGAUGCAUUAAAUAGUGAUGAAGAUAUACCCAUAAUUGAUAAUGCAUAUGAUUUGAAAGCCGUGAAGACUAUUUCUGAAAAACUUGCUCAAAGCUCAUUUUGGCGAUAUACUGGAAUUCAUAUUCUUCUUCAACAUGAUACACCUAAAAUGAAAGCAAGUCAAACAAUUGCAAAAAUUCAUAAUGGUG